GGGGCUUGAGCGAUGACGCGGCACGUUGACGUACGUGUACGUUCUCGGGGAAACAUGUCGGCAUCUCAGACAACGACUAAGGAUCAUCCUAAAAAUGAUGACACAGAAAUACCAACAGAGUCAAUUGCAGGACCAAGUCAAGUAAAGGAAGAUAAUGUUGCCUUUACCACAUCUGCUGCUGAUGCCAACAAAGUUCAUCCCAUGGAUGGUGCAACGUCAUCGGUGCCGUUGCAAAAGCCUGGUAAGGAGGAUGAAGACAAGAGGUCCUUUACCCCCUCCCCAUCGAAUAAACCUGCUGCAGGACACGCAGUGAAGUCCAUUUCUUCAUCAUCUUUAUCAUCGUUGUCCUCCUCUCCUUCCACCUCUUCAUCGUUGUCCCCUGGUCGGGCGAAGAUGAGCGUUUCAGGCCCCACUAACAGUAAAUCCAGCUUCCCGCCUGCUCCUUCUUCCUCCUCUUUCUCCUCUGCCGCAGCUUCGUCCUCUCCUUCAGUCUCCCCUGGUCCACCAAAGAUCCACAGGGCCCGCAAGACCAUGAACAGACCUCCGCCGGGACAGCUCAGAAACAUUAAGGCUCCUGGUGCGUCUGUGACCCCCUCAGGAUCCUCACCCUGCCUCUCUCUGGACUCCGAAACUGCUGCAAAAAAGAGAAAACUGGGUCUUCUAUCAGCCAACACACCCGAGAAGUGUGAAAACAUUCCCGACAAUGUCCAAACUUUGGAAGAAACAUUAUUCCAUAAAAAAGUGGAUUCUGUCACGGAGACGGCUUUAGUUAAGAGCAAUAGCUGUGGGAUAAAGCCAGAGGACGAGGGCAAGAAAAUCACACAAGAUUUUGGAAAGCGUGAAAACAGGGAACAAUCACAUCAACAAGCCAAGGACACCAAAGAUCAUAGUUUGGAGUCUGAAACAAUCAGCCAGAAUACAAAUGGCACCGAAGAGUCUUCGUGGCUGCUGUCAGAUCAGGACAAAAAGGGAAUUGAUUUGGUGGAAACAGAGGAAGCAGAAAGGCCUGGAGAGUACACAGAGGUUCCCUUGGGUGCUCUGGACAUCGCAGCUGCCGACAGUCUGACUCUCUCUCCUCCUGCCGAGGGAAGCGAUGCGGGCGACACAGAGCGGCUGGAGGAGCUUCCUCUGUGCAGCUGCAGGAUGGAAGCUCCUCGCGUCGACAGCACGAGCCACGGCGUCAGCAGACAGUGUAUGGCCACUGAAAGUAUCAAUGGAGAGCUGCGCGCUUGCACCAACUGGACCAUUAAAGGAGAGACGAUGCGACCGUCCAGCCGGGUGUCCCUCAUGGUGCUCUGUGACGUCCACCGCUCACACAUGGUCAAACACCACUGUUGUCCUGGUUGUGGAUACUUCUGCAUAGCAGGAACUUUUCUCGAGUGCUGCCCAGACCAGCGCAUUGCUCACCGUUUCCACCGGGGUUGUGUGACGGUGCUGAGCGGCGGGCGCAGCAGAUCCAACGGUGGCGGGAUGCUUUUCUGCCCCCACUGCGGAGAGGACGCCUCGGAGGCCCAGGAGAUCAUCAUCCCCUCCUGCAGCUCGUCCACGUCCUCCGCCACCACCGUCGUCACCAUGUCGGCCUCUUCCACCACCACCCCGUCUCUGCCUCCAACCGCCCCCAUGGCACCCUCCCUCAACGCGUCCACAGGAGGGAUGAAAGAUGGGAAGAUGCCUGAAAGACCUGUCAGUGCUCGCAUGCGAUCUUAUGGAUUGGCAUCUCUGGCAGUGGAGCAGCAGCAGCAGCAGAAGCAGAAGAAGAAGCAGCAGAAGCAGCAGCAGCAGCAGCCCGUAGCGUCUGCAGCGACUGCUGCUACUGUUCCUCCGGCCGAGGAGGGAGUGGACAGCGUGGGUCCGUCACUCUGCAUGCCAAAUGGGAAGCCAAUCAGCCCAAGUGCACUUCCAGCUGGACCCAGCAGGGCGGCGCUGCAGAAAGCAAUCCUGACGCAGGACACUGAGAGGAGGAAGAAACUGAGGUUUCACCCUCGACAGCUCUAUCCGGCUGCCAAGCAAGGAGAAGUGCAGAGAGUCUUGCUUAUGCUGAUGGAGGGCAUAGAUCCAACGUACCAGCCUGAUUCUCAGAACCGCCGCUCUGCUCUUCAUGCUGCAGCUCAGAGAGGCCUGCUGGAGGUCUGCUACAUGCUGGUACAGGCCGGUGCUCAGGUGGAUGCCAAGGACAAGGAGCUGAGGACUCCCCUGCUGGAGGCCAUCGUCAAUAAUCACAUUGAAGUGGCUCGUUACCUGGUCCAGAACGGCGCCUGUGUCUAUCACGUUGAGGAUGAUGGAUAUACUGGCCUCCAUCACGCGGCCAAGCUGGGAAACUUGGAAAUCGUUAAUAUGCUCCUGGAGACCGGCCAGGUUGAUGUGAACGCACAGGUGAGGGGAAGAGCUAAAAUUCAGUCUUCAAGCUUUCAUGACAGCGGCGGCUGGACGCCAGUGAUCUGGGCAGCCGAGCACAAACACGUUGAGGUGAUCAAAGUGCUGCUGAGCAGAGGAGCGGACGUUUCCAUCACGGACAAGGAGCUGAACGUGUGUCUCCACUGGGCGGCGUAUGCAGGAAGUGUGGACAUAGCAGAGAUGGUGUUAAACGCCGGCUGCUCCCUCGCCUGCGUUAACGUCCACGGAGACACGCCGCUCCACAUCGCCGCCAGAGAAGGCUACCUGGACUGUGUUACUUUGUUCCUGUCCAGAGGAGCGGAUAUUGACGUCAUGAACAGGGAGGGAGACACGCCUCUCACCUUGGCGCGAGCUGACACACCGGUCUGGGUCUCACUACAGAUCAACAGGAAGCUGCGAAGGGGAAUAGCCAAUCGCUUGCUCCGCACAGAAAGAAUCAUCUGCAGUGACAUCGCGCAGGGUUAUGAGAAGGUACCGAUUCCCUGCGUGAAUGCGGUUGAUGAGGAGGGCUGUCCGUCAGAUUACAAAUAUGUUUCAGAAAACUGUGAAACAUCGGCGAUGAACAUAGACCGUAAUAUCACACACUUACAGCACUGUAGCUGCACGGACGACUGCUCAUCUAGUAACUGCCUCUGUGGACAGCUCAGCAUCCGCUGCUGGUAUGAUAAGGAUCAACGGCUGCUUCAGGAGUUCAACAAAAUUGAACCUCCACUCAUAUUUGAAUGCAACAUGGCAUGUUCUUGUUAUCGAACAUGCAAGAACAGGGUGGUCCAGGCAGGAAUCAAAGUCCGUCUGCAGCUCUACAGGACAGAGAAGAUGGGCUGGGGAGUUCGAGCUCUGCAGGACAUUCCCCAGGGAAGCUUCAUCUGCGAGUACGUUGGGGAGCUGAUUUCUGAUGCUGAAGCUGAUGUUAGAGAAGAUGACUCCUACCUGUUUGACCUGGACAACAAGGAUGGGGAGGUUUACUGCAUUGAUGCUCGUUACUAUGGCAACAUCAGCCGCUUCAUCAACCACCUGUGUGACCCGAACCUCAUCCCAGUGCGCGUCUUCAUGCUGCACCAGGACCUGCGAUUCCCCCGCAUCGCUUUCUUCAGCUCCAGGGACAUCCUCAGUGGACAGGAGCUGGGGUUCGACUAUGGAGACAGGUUUUGGGACAUCAAGAGCAAGUAUUUCACGUGUCAGUGUGGAUCAGAGAAGUGCAAGCACUCGGCCGAGGCCAUCGCCCUGGAGCAGAGCAGGCUGGCCCGGCUAGAGGCCUGCUCAGAAUCAGGAGCCGACUUUGGGAUGAGCCUGCUGGGAAACUCAUAGAACUCUUAAUCGUGGGGCCUUUGGAUCGACCACUUUGGUUUUACACGCACAUGCCAGCGAUGGAAAUACACUAUGAAGACGGGAGGCUUACAUUGUAAUCAGUUUACGAUGCAUGGUGCUUUUUUUUUUUUUUUUUUUUUUCUUUAACUUGAAAUUUGUCUUUUUCACAGAAGUGUCACUUUAUUAUUUCCAUUGUGGUAUAGGUCAGAACCUUUCCAUUUUAUAACAGGUAUUCAGAGGAAAAUCCGGAGAUUGCAUAAUUCUGUCUGUACAGUAAUUGUACUGUAUCUCAUAACUUAUGUAUGCCUUGACACAAACAUUGUGCAUGGAGACUCUGUCUCCAUACGCCAAUCAUUUAUGAUCACAUUUUAUGUCUGUAUGUUUUCUCUUGUGCCAACAUACACAGGAUGUUUUGGCACAGGACCGUAACAGAUCACAGAAGCCCGUGCUGAGCUCAAGAACAUGAAUUAUUGUGCGGUUUUUUGGAUGCAUGUGUUACCUUUUUGCCUUGUUUUGUUGUUGAUUGUUUUUUUUUUGUUUUUUU